UGGGGAGCAGAAGUGUGUGAAUGUGAUGGUGAAGGACGUCCCUCUAGGAGACCCAGACACGGACAUGCUGCACGACGAGUUAGCCAUAGAGCCUCCUAACCUGGUCUUCGAGUGUCCGCUGUCUCCAGCCUCCCAGCUGUGCCAUCAGGGCAGAGGCAACUUCACCUGGUACAAGGAUUCCUUGCUGCUCCCAGGGCAUGAUGGGAACGUGAUGCGUAUCGUGGGGGGCGGGGCUUUUGAUGAGGGCAUCUACAGCUGUGUUUGCACCUGGCGCUAUGGCAACCAAACAUACAACCUCUCCGCAUCAUUCAGACUGACGCUCAAAACAGAAGGAUAUUCUGUCCGUCACCCUCCCACCAUCAGAUUUCCCCUCAACGGCUCAAGCCAAAGCUGCCACCUGGUGGACAACUACGUCUCAUGGACAUCGGUCACCAUCACACUGGAACAGCACGUGUCCAUGUUGCCAGUGUUGGUGGCGUGUGUGUCCGUGUUCCUGCUCCUCAUCCUGGUUGCCAUGGCAAUAAGGUGUUUCUAUCUGGACCUGUCUCUUCACUUCAGACGUCCGCGCACCACAGAAGAUGGGAAGGCGUAUGACGCGUACGUGGUGUACCCUCGUGAGCGUGUGUGUGCGUGUGAGUGUGUGUGUGAGCAGGACGUGAGGUGUGUGUGUGUGUGUCCGUGUGAGGAGGCUCUCUCGGCGUUCCUCAACUCUACUCUGCCCGCCGUUCUGGAGGAGAACUGUGGAUACACACUGUACAUACACGGCAGAGACGACACGCCGGGGGAAGAUCAGGCGGAAGCAGCGGAGCGUUCCAUCCGUCUGAGCCGCCGUCUUCUGGUCGUCAUGCCAACGCUGGAGCAGGCCCCACCCCUGGAAGCUUGUGAUUGGGCGAUGGGCUUUGAUUGGCAGCUGGGCGUGCACAGCGCUCUGGUGACGGAAGACAUCCGAGUCAUCGUGGUCCAAGUGGCCAGGGGACACACACAUGUGCCUGCUGGUCUGCAGCUGCUGCUGCGCAAGAGUGCCCCCCUCAGGUGGCGAAUGGGAUCACGCAGAGCUGACGACAUAAACACGCACUUCUGGAAGAGGCUACGAUACAUGAUGCCUGCGCCACCACCACGCACACACACACACACAAUGAAUACACACAGCAGAUGA